UUUCGAAUGAGAUAAGGUCUCCCAAUCACGCGUAUAUUCGACGACUUUAAACGUGGGCAUUCCCGAAAACAGUGGCGUUUACACAAAUAUUUUGUCCUUGACCUGCUUCCAUAUACACGAAGAAUUUGUUUUAUCGCAGAGUAAUAACAUUGUAAGAACAAGCAUUGCCGUUAGCGUCUGUUCUGUACGAAUUUGCUGCGUGCACACUCCUCGAGACCAUCCAUGGGUUAUUCAGGCGGCGUGAAGAGCAUGAGCCGGGAGAGUGGUGCCGGAGCCGGCGGCGGGGUCGGUGUUGGCGGUGGCAACAACACGACGUACACACGAUCGGCGAUAACGCGCGAGCUGGCCCAGGACUUCGCGAGGCCGCCGCGCCUCGACGUGCUCCUCGACAUGCCGCCAGCCUCGCGAGAAACGCAAGUCCAUCACAGCUGGAACGCCGACGACCGUAGUCUAAAUAUAUUCGUCAAGGAGGACGAUAAGCUAACGUUUCAUCGACAUCCCGUCGCGCAAAGUACGGAUUGCAUACGAGGGAAGGUGGGGUAUACCAAGGGUAUGCACGUAUGGGAGCUUUAUUGGAGCACGAGGCAACGAGGUACGCACGCCGUCGUAGGAGUCGCGACGGCGGAUGCGCCUCUACAUAGCGUCGGUUAUCAGAGUUUGGUAGGGAACAACGAGCUCAGUUGGGGUUGGGACCUUGGUAGAAACAAGCUCUAUCACGACUCGAGAAACAACACUGGCGUGACGUAUCCAGCUCUCCUCAAGUCCGACGAGACGUUCAUUGUUCCUGACAAAUUUCUGGUUGUCCUCGAUAUGGACGAAGGUACGUUAGCAUUCGUAGUGGAUGGCCAGUAUCUUGGAGUAGCGUUCAGAGGGCUCAAAGGAAGGAAAUUGCAUCCUAUUGUGUCCGCCGUCUGGGGACAUUGCGAGAUCACGAUGAAAUACAUCGGCGGACUUGAUCCCGAACCUCUGCCCCUCAUGGAUCUCUGUCGAAGAGUGAUCCGACAGCGAAUCGGCAAGAAUAGACUAGAAGACAAGAUCAACGAGCUGAAUCUACCGCAGACGAUGAAGACUUAUCUUCUAUACCGGGACAGAAGGUAACCACUGAGUGAAUCUCCUCAAGAUGCCACCACGAUUAUGACUGCGAACAUCACCGUGUUAGAACGUUGCCACUACGACGCACAGGCGACCGUCCGCUAUCCCCUCUCGCGCCACCAAGGACAGCAACCCCUUAGCCGCGCGUCUCCGUUAAUCAAGCGCACGAUGUUCAACAGACUGACAUGCGUUAUGCGACGACGCGUCGAGACACGCCUAGUACCUCGAGAAGGCACGCUGAGAGAGCGACGCCGAAAUACCGUAUUGAUAACGACUCGUGGCAUCCUUAUCAGGACAAGUCGCGAUGAUUGCAAUCCUCAUCGUCGUUAUUGCCAUCGUCGAUAGGUUUAAUUCAUUAAAGACAAGGUUAAGAGACAAAACUGCAAGAAAUGAUUUUAACGAGAAAAACAUUUUGAAAUUAGUUAUUUUUAAUGUUGUCUUAUAUUUCUUAUAGGUAUAUAGGUUGUCUCAGCCAUUAUGUUUAUUGUACUUCUAUCUUUGGAUAGAGCAUUAUUAUUUAUUGGCUCUUAGAAAAUUGUACCGAGAAGAGACAAAUAGUUUCGGUAAGAUAAUAGUAGUAAGAUAGAUGUUUUCCGCAAUCAGCAAACAUAACGCGAAUAUUAUGCCCCUAUUAUUUUUUUUAAUAUUCGCUUCGUUGACGAUUCGCGGUAUACGAAGAAUAGAAAUUGUGACGAUUGUGAUUCAGACGAUGGCGAUGCGGCAAUUUGCGCGAUGUCGGAGACACGUGGUUAAAGACGGAAGGCAAAAGAUGAUGAGGCGAAAACACGAAGAAACUACAGCGCUUCGUAGUUGGCCAGUAAAAAAUAAAUUAGACUUAAUCGAGCCUGGAGGCUGAUACGGACGUGUCGCUUACUUACAUCUUGGUUAAUUGGUAGUGGAUAGCGCUGCUGGCUCAUAAUCCGGCCGCGAAUAGAAAAAUGGUGGAGCCACAAGAGGAAGAAAAAGCGAGCGGAGAAAAUUCGGAAGAUUCGACAGAUUCGGAGAAAAUAGAAAAUAAGAAGUUCGACAAGAGUCGUACGAAGAAUCGAGAAGUACAGCGAUAGAACUUGUGCACGAGCGCACAGUUGUGUAAAUUUUUUUCAACAUCUUGAAGUAAAAAAGUAUGUGAUGAAACAAGCAAAUAUUACACCUAGAUGUAUAGUGAUGGACAUCGGGCAGCCACCUUCCAAUAGACUCAUUUUUCAAGUAUUUUCUAAGCAUGCUAGAUUUAAUAAAAGUAUAGUGGUGUGUGCGUGUAUCGUGGAUGGAUAUUAAGUAAAAACGACGAGGGAGGUAACAAAGGAGGAACAGAACAAAGAUAAACCCUGCCAUAAUAUUCUCUUUAGCAGUGUUCGAAAAAAACGUAGACUUUACAAUUGCGAAUUCUGCGGGGGAGAGGGAGACCGAGUGGAGAAUGCGAAGAUAAAAAGGGGUAAGCAUUUGAAACUCGCGCUGUGGUGAACGCUAAAUAAACAUCUGAAGUAUGAGCUGAAGUAAAAAAAAAAAACUAAUGACAAACAAAGUGUGUUACUAAAAUUAAUUAUCUACAUCUAAUUGAUUUAAAGUACUGUAAAGUACUGCGGAAAUAGUAAUGUAUUUAACUAAUGUUUAAGAGAAGCGAGUGAACACACGGGCAUUGGCACAAAUUAUUCCAAACGCGAAUUGAAACUGUCAUGGAGAGCCGCUGCUAUCAAUGAAGCGUAGCGAAUAUAAUCCGAUAAAAGGAUGACAAACAGUAACAAACAAUACAUUGGAUUAUACUUAUCACGGAUUACUGAUCAUAACGAUUAUCGGAUUAUCGUAAUAGUUACAACAAUGACGACGAUAAACAAUGAUGCUGAUUAUAUUCGGAUGUGUAACUAUUAUACUAUUAGCAUGACAAAUCUUACGACUGGUCUCUAGUAUCUCUUUACUCUUACGUUUGUCGCUUAGGUUUAAAGACUAUGCCCCCGUCAACGGCUAUGUCGAUUUGUAAAUAGAUAAUAUUGAUAAUAUCGUACGCGACGCCGUAUACGUGUAUAUUGUGUGACGUUUAUUGUAUCCGUAGCUGCGGAAACAGGCAGACCGAAUGCGAGAGUGGUACCAUCUUCAUCGUUUUUCGUACAAGCAAAGCAAUCAUCUCGCGUCGUCAGACCUCCGUUUCGAUAUAUAUAUAUAUAUACCUUGCUUUCUGAGGCGCGGACUUAAAACGCGGUUGUUUCGAAAUCAGUUCGAUUGUUAAUCGCUGAUGUCAUUGUUUGCACACGCCACUGGCUUUAAGACUUGUCCGAGAGACUCGGAUCGUAUCGCGUCUUCCAAAUUAUCGUCAAUCGUUCGCAACCUUUAUCUGAUCAUUCUGAGCCUCGUUGUGGACGUAAAUCGCCUUUACUUUCACACCUGUGUGUCGGUUACGUUUCUCCUUGGUGCAAUCCCCCUCCCCGUGAUGACCUGUUUGAAUGAGCCCACUAAUGGCACGCUGGACUACAUUCCAACAAUCAUCAUCAAAGAACAGUUCGCGAGAUCACGCCGUUCUCGCGCCAAAAGCGCGCACGAUCUCGCACUCGGGAGCUUUCGAUCGCACAGCUUUUGGUGGUUCUCAACGUCCGGGAGCGUGAUCUGUCAAACGACGUUUGCUUUCGCUACCUCUCACCUCGCGCAAGGGAAACGCACGAAUCUGCGACGCGAACGGAUCGAAUGAUAAACGGACAGAUGCGAAGACAUUUCAGUCUUUUCGAGAAAAAAAACGUAUCGACUCUCCAUCGGCAUGCCGUCGUCGGAGUCCUGUAAUAAUGAAAACACACUGAAAACGAGAGAGAAAGAGAAAUGCUGUGAGGGAUCUCGCAAUGAGCGAUGACACAGAGAGAGAGAGAGAGAGAGAGAGAGAGAGAGAGAGAGAGAGAGAGAGAGAGAGAGGACCGCUGCGUGGAAAGAGUCGUCCUCGUUAUCGUUAUUUUCUUUUUUUUUUUUUGCAUAGCAGCAGGCGGUAAUUUACUUUGUCAUCUUUUAUUCGGCACCCGUGCAUGAAGGCAAAAAAAAAAACGUCGAAACAGUUCUCUCCAGCGGGGCGACUUUGCAUACCGCGAUAAAGAAAAGAAAUACACAAUUCCAAGUACGUGCACGAGGAAGCGUACCCGAGGACGCAUCUCAAGCGUUCACGCGAUUUAAUGUACAUUCAUUCAUACAUGUCAUUCAUUGUAUUGUUAUACUCGCGUGAGAAAACUGAGGAAAACUAAGUACACGCGCGCGCGCACACCCUCAGAGAGGAAGGUUUUUCCGCAACUAUACUUAUUGCUACCCGUUGAGCCGAUACUGUUUUAUAUGAUUGCCUAUAGAAACGCAUGUCACGAGCCGAGCAUGAAAGAGGACAAAUAGGAUGAAAAAUAUUGUACAAAAUUAUUAUUAAUAAUUGAUAUUAAUAAUAAUUAUUACUAUCCAAUAGUUUAAUUAAUUACUCGGUCGUCGUUAUCGUGUUAGUCAGGUAUUUACGAAUAUUAUGAUAUAAUUGUGGUUUCAGUUUUUGUACCUUAUGUAUAGGGAGAAAAGUGUGUGCAAUCGAUCGAUAUGACAAUAGAAGAAAUGAAAUGAAAAAGAA